AUGGGUCGCGACGAGAGGACAUACCACGACCUUCAGGAUGAAGCUGCAGUGAGCCAAGAAGAUGACGAGUCUCGCGAGUUCAAAGAUGAGAAUGGAAUAAUUCACACUACAUCACGAAGUUUAAGAAAAGUGAAUUACGCUGAGGUUGAAAAUAAAUACACACAAAUGGACGAGGAAAAUAGCAACGACUACCAAGACAUGGUGCAUGACGACGGAAAGGAAGAGGAAGAGGAAGAGGAAGAAGAUGAAGGUAUAGGAAGGCAUAAGAGACAGCGAAAUAAUCGUACUCCAAGAAUAUCGACUGACGAGGAAAAUGCUCAAGUCGACAACGUUUCUGAAGGCAGGAUCAAUUCGGCGAUUGACGAAGAUGAUGACGACGAGAUCGUCCCGGUUAGAAGGCGCGCUCGGAGUAGGUCUGCAGUUGCAGAAGAAGACGAAAGCUUUCACGAAGAGGAUUUGGAGGACGAAGAUGAGCUAGAAGAAUCCGAGGAAGAGUAUCAGUCCGAGGAAUCAGUGAAGCGUCACCAAAGAAGAGCAGAUAGAAACUUCAUCAUUGACGACGAAAACGAUGCCGAUACAGAUGAAGACCGCGAACUACGCAGGAACUUCAGAGACUCAACUUUAAGAGCUCGCAGGGGUCGCAGAAACGAAAGGUCUCCUCCCCGCAAACUCAGACGGAGGACCAGAUCAGCGUAUCUUAACGAUGACAAUGACUCGGAGGAGCAAUUAUCUUUGGCCGAAGAAUUGAAGGAAUUACGCGAUGACAGUCCAAUAAGGGAAAAAAGAUCGUUACGGGAAAGAACUAAACCUGUUAACUACACCCUACCCCCACCUUUACCAGAAAAUGCUACUGAAGAGAUCGACAGACCUUUGAAUACAUUUGGUCCUUCAUUCCAAUCCCCUCGUAGUAGACGCGGCCUUCACGCUCAACAAAGCUUCGGGCCUAUUAGAAGAUUGUUUCCCACUGGCGGUCCAUUUGGAGGUAACGAUGUAACGGCUAUAUUUGGUACGAAUACGAACUUUUACAGUAGUGCGCAAAAUGUUGGUAGUAAUAAACUCCUGAUUGACUCCGAUUCUUCUGAAGAUGAAAUACUUCCACUAGGAGCGCCCUCCACCAAGCACAAAGAACCAAAGCAGACGAAGAAGAAAAAGCCAGAAAUAGCUGACCUGGAUCCUCUUGGAGUCGACAUGAAUGUGAACUUCGACGAAGUAGGUGGAUUGGAUAAUUAUAUUGAUCAGCUCAAAGAAAUGGUUGCUUUGCCCUUACUAUAUCCGGAAUUGUAUCAGAAUUUUGGAAUUACUCCGCCAAGGGGUGUUCUAUUUCAUGGGCCACCAGGCACAGGUAAAACACUAAUGGCGAGGGCAUUGGCUGCCAGUUGUUCGACGAAAGAAAGGAAGAUCACUUUUUUCAUGCGUAAAGGUGCAGAUAUCUUAUCGAAGUGGGUUGGUGAGGCAGAAAGACAACUAAGACUACUUUUUGAAGAAGCCAAGAAACAACAACCAUCAAUAAUAUUUUUUGAUGAGAUUGAUGGUCUCGCUCCUGUGAGGAGCUCAAAACAAGAACAAAUUCAUGCCAGUAUUGUAUCAACUAUGUUGGCUUUAAUGGAUGGCAUGGAUAAUAGAGGACAAGUUAUUGUUAUCGGAGCCACUAAUAGACCCGAUGCUGUAGACCCUGCUCUUAGAAGACCUGGUAGAUUUGAUAGAGAGUUUUAUUUUCCUUUGCCUGAUUUGAAAGCACGGUACAAGAUUUUGCAGAUUCAUACCAAAAAGUGGAAACCCACUUUAAGCGCUAGUUUUUUACAAAAGCUCGCAUCCUUGACUAAAGGCUAUGGGGGCGCUGAUCUAAGGGCACUUUGCACAGAAGCUGCACUUAUAAGCAUUCAACGAAAGGUACCACAAAUUUAUCAAUCCGACAUAAAACUUGCUGUUGAUCCCAAAGACGUGGUUGUCAAAGCUCGAGAUUUCAUGCUUGCGCUAGAUAAAAUCAUACCAUCGUCAGCUAGGUCAUCAGGCAGCUUAGCACAGCCACUUCCAGCGAAUAUCGAGCCCUUACUAAGUGAACAGUUCGAUCUUGUGAAAUGCAAACUGAACAAAAUACUCCCCAGUGACUCCAGCAUUGUCCCUAGGGGCACCUCGUUGAUCAAACACUACUUAGAAUACGAGGAUGUAAACUCAGAUGAAGAGGGGUUCGAAGAUAGCAGUGGUAACCAUUUCAUAAAAUCGGAGUUUAUAAAGGCUCUAGAGAAAUCACGAACGUGCAAGCCAAGAUUAUUGGUUUCAGGCCCGUCUGGGAACGGUCAACAAUACAUCGGUGCAGCAAUUCUUCAUUACCUUGAACACUAUAACGUGCAGAAAUUGGACUUGGAGAGCCUCGUUUCUGACAGCACUAGAACGUUAGAAUCAGCAAUUGUCCAAACAUUUUCGGAAGCUCGGAAACGCCAGCCUUCGGUUCUUUAUAUCCCAAACGCCACUAUAUGGGUAGAGACUGUAUCUGAUAGCGCUGUUCUGACAUUAGCCAGCCUUCUCAGAUCGUUGAAGAGUAACGAAAAAGUUCUUUUACUUGCAAUUGCGGAAGAUUUGAAUCAAGCGACGAACUCUACACUUUCUUCUUUGGGAUUUGUUUCCCAGUCAACUGUCAAGCUUGCAAAACCUUCUUCAAAGCAAAGACAUAAAUACUUUGAGUCGCUGGGUCAUUUUUUAACAAUGAAACCUACUGAUUUUAUGACCAGUAAAAAGAGAGAAAAACCCUUACCGAAACUUCCCCUUGCUGAAAAACUUGAGAAGAGUGUAGAUGAGGAAGGAAACCUUUUAACAGAUGAAAUGAAACUGAUCAAAGACUUAAGAGCUUUUCAGGGCCAGGACAUGAAAUUGAAGAACGCACUCAAAAUCAAGCUCUCAGGGCUUAUGGACUUAUUCAAAAAUCGUUAUAAAAGGUUCAGAAAACCCCCAAUCGAUGAUGCUCUUUUGAUACAUCUAUUUGAACCAGAGGGGUACCAAGGUACCAAUUUGAAUGGCCAGUCCGCAUAUGUCAAAGAGGGUGACAUGAUUUUGGAAGUUGCAACGGGAAGGAAAUAUUUCAACAUGGAUCUGGAUAUUGUUGAGGAGCGAUUGUGGAAUGGCUUCUAUUCUGAGCCAAAGCAAUUCCUAAAAGAUAUCGAAUUGAUUUAUCAUGAUGCACACACAUUUGGUGACCGCGAACGUAUCAUAAAGGCUUCGGAAAUGUUUGCUAAUGCUCAAAUGGGUAUUGAAGAAUUAUCUUCACCGGAAUUUAUUCAAGAGUGUAAAGCAACUAGGAGAAGAGAAUUGCUCAGACAAGAUCUCUUCCUAAAGGGACAGACUAAAAGUCUGAAUGAAAGAACUCAGGCGACGGUCAAUGUGCAAAAAAAUCACGAUACUCAGAUCAUAAACGAAAGUGAGGAUACUCACGAAAAUCAGGUUGUGCUAGGAGUCGCUAGUGAUCAGCAACUUCAAGCUCAGGAACAGAUUGACCCCAACGCUUCUAUUAACCCCGGCUGUUCUUCAUCUUCUGAAGGAGGCACGUUACCAAUAGAGAAUCGAAUACCAGAUAAUCAGGAAUUGAUUGGUAGUGAUAGAGUUGAAGAUGAAGGUCACCCUAAAAAUACUGAAGAUUCCAAGAUUGUGGACGAGGCUGGAACAGUUCAUGAAAAUAGUUCUGAAAAUGGACCUGAUAAUAUCACCGAAGAGAGUGAAUCUGUCAAAAGCCACCCUCAGAUUGAAAAUGGCCAUAAUAUGUCUAAUACUGUAAGCGAAUCCUCUACGCCAGAAAUUCCUUUGCCAAAACCGCAGCUUAUAGUCGAUGAAGACUGUGUUCGGGACAUAAUUUUACGUAUGGAGGAACAUACUGCCGAAUGGACUAUUGAAAAGUUAGAGGAACUAUAUGCUUCCGUUUUGAGUAUCGCUUGGGAGGACCGGUUCUCGUGGGACAAGUCAUCGACGUUAAACAAAAUAUCAAAAAUGCUGUAA